CGUAAUUCAUUUCCUAUGUUUUUGCAGUCUUUUGGACAGUAAACCAACGAUGCUGGAAAUAGAAAGAUCACUUUCCAGUAACAUAUGUCGGUGUACUGGAUACAGACCUAUUCUUGAGGCGUUCAGAAGGUUUGCCAGUGAUUGUCCAGAUGAAGCUAAAUUGGCAGACAUCGAGGAUUUAAAUUUAUGUAAAAAAACAAAAGAAACAUGUUUAAAAGAAUGCGAUGACCGUGAAUGGUGUAUAGUAUCAAAAGAUGCCUUAGAAGAUAUUGUACGAAUAAAAUUAAAAGAUGGCAGACAAUGGUUCGGUGUAUUGACAGUAGCAGAUAUAUUCAAUGUUCUACGUAAAGAAGGGAGAUAUUCUUACAUGUUGGUUGCUGGUAAUACUGGAAGAGGAGUAAUACCUAUACUUGAGUAUCCUAGAAUUUUAAUUGACGUCAGUCGAGUAUCUGAACUUAAAGGAUACUUGGUAGAUCAAAAUUUAGUUGUCGGAGCUGGAACUACCCUGACAAAGCUUAGAGAAAUUAUGGAGAAAGUUUCACAUUCUGAGAAUUUUGCAUACCUUAGUGUUUUGAACGACCAUCUUGAAUUGGUCGCUCAUAUUGCUGUUAGAAAUGUAAUUGGGAGUGAAGUAUACCCCACCAAGACGUUACUGGAAUAUAUACGGCACGACUUGGCGCUCACGGGCACGAAGUACAUGUGUCUGGAGGGAGGCUGCGGCGCCUGCAUCGUCAGCGUGGUCAAGAGCCCGGGGCGGACUCCCGAGAGUAUCAACUCCUGCUUGGUAUCCAUAUCAUCAUGCAUGAACUGGGACAUCACCACCAUCGAGGGCCUCGGGAACCGCGAGAAAGGCUACCAUCCGCUGCAGAUGCAGUUGGCUGAGAACAACGGCUCGCAGUGUGGCUACUGCUCUCCGGGAAUGGUGAUGAAUAUGUACAAGUAA